UUUCGUAUUUUUUUUUGAAGCCCAAAGCCAGAUCAAAGCAAAAAUUAAUUUACCAUUUUGUAGGAGAUAUAUAGAUCUAGAGAAAUAUGGUUGUGUGCCGAUUCUUCCAACAAGGCUCCUGUCGCUAUGGGACAAAAUGCCACAACGAGCACUUCGAUGUCAAGCAGUAUCUUAAAGCCGACAUGGAGUCCAGCCUCAAUGGCAAGAUGUGGCCUUUCUCGGCCUAUGGGCCCUUCAAGGACAAGGCCAACUUUCCCAACUUUAUCGAGGACCAAUCCUUCGAGGAGGUCCGCUUUAUGGGCUACGAGGCCAAGCGUCAGAAUAGCUUUGAACAAUUUCAGCAGCAGUUUAAUCGCGAGGUUAUGGAGGCGACCAACAAGAUGAAGGCCAUGUUGCAGAUGUCGCCCCAUGUUUUGGACAUGAUGAUCAAGAUCCACGAGACGCCGGAGGGCGGGAGCGUGUCUGAUGCCCCGCAGCAGCCCAAUAAUCCCUUUGCUGCAGCUGCUCCGGCGGCCAACCCAUCCGCCUCCAUCUUUGGAAAGCCUGCUUUGGCUGCGGGUAAUAUUUUCGGCAAUGCUGCUAACCAAGCAAACAACACCAACAGCAUUUUCGGUGGAACCAUGGCGAAUUCAAAUCCAGGGAACAGCAUUUUUGGCGGAGGAGCAGUGGCAGGAGGAGCAACCAGUGUCUUUGGACAGCCUCAGCAGCAGCAACAGCCUGCAGCUCAAACCUUUCAAGGAGGCAACCUUUUCGCCCAGGCACAAGUCCAGGUGCAAGCUCAGCCCGGAAAUCCCAAUCCCUUCGGUGGCUUUCAACAGCAGCAACAAACUCAGGCGGCCGGAAUUUUUGGCCAAGUUUCUAAUCCCAAUGUAGGAGGAAUGUUUGGCCAGGCCGCUCAGCAGCAGCAGCAGCAACCCCCAUCCGGGUUAUUUGCGCAGGCAGCAGCAGUUGGAUUCCCAAACCAACAACAACAGUUGCAGCAGCAACAGAUGCAACAGCAACAAAUGCAGCAACAACAGCAGCAGCAACAGCAACAACAGCAGCAGAUGCAACAACAGCAACAAUUGCAAAUGCAGCAGCAACAACAGCAGCAAAUGAUGCAGCAACAACAGAUGUUGCAGCAGCAGCAAGCUCAGUCGACCAACGAAGCCCAAUCCUCGGUUUACAGUCGCAUGGAAGAUCUCAAUGAACAGGAAAUCGAAGCCUUCAAGUCAGAUCAGUUUCUGCCAGGCGCUUUGCCCUACAAACCACCGCCAAGAGAACUUUGCUAAGCCAAAAACUCGCGUAUAAUGUAAAUAUUUCCUAGAGCUAAUAUUAAAUAAGUACUUCAAUAAACUAAUGCAUCAUCAUA